ACUGUACAAACAUGUUCUUUGUUGGUAAAGCAUUCGUUAACCAACAAAACUUAUCAUGUUGGUCAUAUUUUGCCCCUUGUCACAAAAAUUUCCCAGCCCAUAUAAUCUUUCUUUGUCUAGAAAUAUCUCUGUUGCAGAUGUUAAACCAAAUAGAGAUUCAAAUGGUUGUUGGAGGCUUGCAUGGCGAAGACCGUUGUCAAGUAGAGCUAUUGAUUAAUUGCAGCAGUUGGAAGAUAUACAUACUAGAAGAGGUCCAGCGUCCCAAUGGCUUCCCUGAUCAAAUAAAAUGGCAGUACAGCACUGUUGGAUACUCUCCAAAAAGGGCAUAUUCCUUUCUUGAAGUCUCUAGUCCGUGCUUGGACAGCAAUUCCUGCAAACUUAUUCGGACCCGAUGUUGUCCCCUCGAAGUUAGCGUGUUUGCUUGGCGUCUCAUGCUGAACCGCGACAAUUUGGCUGCCAGAGGAAUUGAUCUUUCACAACAAGAUAGCUGCAUAUUUUGCGAUAUGCUUGCAAAGAAGAUGUUGACCAUGUUUUUGCUUCCUGCAGUAAAGUCAUUGAAAUCUAACAACGAAUUUUUAGAUGGUGGAACACUUCGUUCGUCUACCCAGGUUCAGCCUCUCAAUUCUUGCUGCAUCUUGCCUUUGGGACUGGAUCUAGAUUCUCUUGCAACUGUUGGUCUUCGACUAUUUUUACAACAGCUUGGUCCAUAUGGCUUACAAGAAAUAAUAGUGUUUAAUCAUUCUACCUAGGAUGAAAACAAAGUGUUUGAGUUGAUUCAAUUGAAGUUUUUCCACUGGAUCAAAGGAAAGUAUGAGAAAUCUACCUCUAGCUUUAGUGAUUGGUUUCUAUUCCCUCAGUUAUUUAAGUUUCGAGGCACAGUAGUUUGAGGCCUAGUGUAAGGGUUUGAUGUACCUUUUAUAUUUUUUUAAUAUAUUUUUACUUAGUGU